AUGCUGCGCGCCAAGUCGCUCUUUGGGCAGUGGUGCGUGGGUUGGAGCCCCAGAAUCUGGCCACAACGUUGGUCUGUGCUGGACGGGGAGAUCAGGAGCGCUGGCUUCAAGAUGGUCUACACCUUGGACCUGCCCGGCCGGCGCCGCAAGUACAGGUCCAACGCCUUGGGCAAAGCCUUGAGCUCCGAGUUCAACGAUGGGGACUACAAGACCGAAGAGCUGGGGGACAAGGAGCCGGAGGAAAGCACCUCCGCCUUUGAGUUCGCCAAGGUCUUCAUUCUGCACUUCCUGGGCCCGGAGCAAUCGGGGGCGAUGUCCUGCGCCUCACGUGCCUGCUACCGCGCCUCUCGCAUGCCGAACUUGUUCCCCCAGGCCUCCGCCUUUGGCAUCGUCACAGUGGACGUGGAGCAGGACGAGGUGACUACAAAGGCCCAGCUCCUCUUCGGGUUCUGCGAUGACGUGCCUCACGAGAAGGGCUUGAGCAACUUCUGCGGCUUCAAGAGGAAAGAGGACUUGGACCGCUGCAUUGGAACCAGGUGGCUGCCUGUCUUCAACUUCCGCGUUCCGGAUGCUUGGGUGAAUAUCAGCAUCGGCGAGGUGCUCAUGGAAGAAGACCUGUCGAUCACUGGCAUUUGCCGGCGUGGCGCGGAUGUGUCGCGGGAGCUGUGGUUCCCGGGGGUCCAGGAGAAGUUCGAGGAGCAGGAUGAGGUAGUGCUGACGAUGACCAGCGCCAUGCUCUUCGCGGAGAAACAUCUGGAUGGCGCGAAGCCUCAUUCCCUGCCCUCCUGCAACAUCAUGGACGCGCGGAAGCUGCACGCGCAUUACCUCAGCUUCCUGUGGGCGUGGGAGAACAAGCGUCAUGAAGACCUGGAGCUGGACCUGGAGCUGGAGUUCGAUGUCCGCGCCAAGAAGAAUGCCAUGGUCCGGAUUUGA